CAAGCUUAGAAAUAACAGGCUUCGGAAACAAGGCAGACUUCAUUAAGGCCUCAGUCCACGGCCAUGUACCUCAACCACACAUCCUCGUUCUACUGCGGAGUCAACACCUACCUGCAGCUAUGCGCUUCAUCCAAAGUCAUUCUCUUGGUCCCCGGCUUCGGUCUCAACGUCUUUAUCCUGACCUCGCUGAUCUCCUGCCUGCUCAGCCGACGCAGUAAGAUACGGAGCAACGUGGCCGUCUUCAUCCUAGGCAGCACCACCUGUAACCUGGUCAACUUCAGCCUUUGGCCUCUAAUUAUCCACUGGAGGACCCAUGGACGUUGGGCUCUGGGCGAGGAGCUCUGUGAGGUCAUGGUCAGCGUCAAGCAACUGACUUCAUCAGCUUCCUACCACUACGUCUCCUUCAUCUCCUUCUCCAUCUACCUGACGGUGGUGUGUGACUGUGGUCGUCUGGUGAACAGCAGGGCGCUCCUGGCUCUGGAGCUGCUCUUCCCCCUCCUCCCUGUGGGGUUGAAGGAGCUGAUCCAGUGGGUCCUAGGGAGCAGGGUGAAACACCUGGACCCCGUCAACCACACAUGCUUCUCCUAUAUCAAUGAUAGAGUCAUGAGGGUUCUCACGCUGGUCAAGAUCGCAGUGUUCCUGCCAUUCAACCUCUAUUUCUACGCUCAUGUGCUGCAUACGAUUUUCAAGAGCGCCAAGGUGAUGCACCGGAGCCAGGCGGUCAAUAAGAAACUGGCCAAGGUGUUUAGUGUCAUAUCUCUGAUUACACUACUGGCACAUAUUCCUGGUGGGAUAUUCACUCUGAUGAAGGAACCCACAGUGUGCCAGGAGAUGGUGGAAGAGUUUCUGCUAGACCUUCCUCUCUUCUCCAGCCCCAUCGUACUACUAUGUAUGAAUAAAGAGCUGCAGACCCACUGUGUAACACUGCUGAAGCGUAAACCUGUGUCCUGCAGCAGGAAAGACCAGACAGGGAUCAAGACUGAUGAGCAACACAAGCGUCUGACAGUUGGAGAAACAGUGAUCACCACUGAGUCUGGUAUGUGA